AAAAAAGCUUUAUCAUGUAACUCGCCUUCUGUUACUCUGUACAUCGGAAUUCAGAGAAAUGGGUGUGAAGAAUCUAUGGGAUGUUCUCGAAUCCUGCAAGAAAACUCUCCCACUUCGCCAUCUUCAGAACAAAAGAAUAUGCAUAGAUCUCUCUUGUUGGAUGGUUCAACUCCACAAUGUGAGCAAGUCACACUCUUGUUUGAUGGGGAAGGUUUAUCUCCAAGGCCUCUUUCACCGCCUUCGAGCUCUAAUCGCUUUGAAUUGCAGCAUUAUAUUUGUUACUGAUGGAGCAAUUCCUGCGAUUAAGAUAGCGACUUACAGGCGCCGCUUAAAUUCAAAAAAUGAAGUCAAUAACGGUGAAACAAACUCAGAAAAGGUGUCUUCACUUCGAAGGAAUAUGGGAUCUGAGUUCUCAUGCAUGAUAAAGGAGGCAAAAAUCUUGGGCAUGGCACUUGGCAUUCCUUGCUUAGAUGGGGUUGAAGAAGCAGAAGCACAAUGUGCAUUGCUGAACUCUGAAUCACUAUGUGAUGGAUGUUUCACUUUAGAUUCAGAUAUUUUCCUUUUUGGUGCAAGGACGGUGUACAGAGAUAUCUGCCUCGGAGAUGGGGGUUACAUUGUUUGCUAUGAAAUGUCAGACAUAGAAAGACAACUUGGAUUUGGAAGAAACUCGCUGAUUACCCUUGCCCUACUUCUUGGAAGUGACUACUCUCAUGGAGUACAUGGUCUGGGUCGUGAAUCAGCCUGUGAAAUUGUGAAGUCUAUAGGAGAUAACGCUGUCCUCCAAAAAAUAGCGUCAGAAGGCCUCUCCUUUGCUAAGAAGACAAAAGGUCUGAAGAAACAGGGACAAAAUUUGAUGAACAACAAGGAGAACUUAAUGGUUCAUAACUCGGAUAUGAAUAGAUAUGAGCCUUGUUCAUCAAAGGAUCGAUCAGUUUUGGAUGUGAUCAAUGCAUAUUUAAAGCCAAAGUGUCACUCAGCAGAUUCUGCUGCCGUGCAUAGGGUUCUUGUUCAGCACCCAUUUCAACAUGUCAAAUGUCAGCAGAUAUGCAAUCAGUUUUUCGCGUGGCCUACUGAGAAAACAGAUGAGUAUAUCCUUCCAAAGAUUGCUGAGAGAGAUCUACGGCGUUUUGCCAAUUUACGUACAAUGUCAUCAGAACUUGGAGUGGACCUUCCCUUGCACGAGAUGCCAACCAAGUGCCCAGUUUCUGGAAUCAUCAAGCAGAGAAAAGUUCAGGGAAAAGAAUUCUACGAGGUUUCAUGGGAAGAGGAACUGCAUGGACUUAAAACCUCCAUAGUUCCAGCAGAUCUCUUAGAAAGGGCCUGUCCGGAGAAGAUUGCGGAGUAUGAGGAGGGUAAAGCUCAAAAGAAGAAACAGAAUCGCUGCAACGCAAGAGCAAAGAAAUCCGGAAAUGAAGCUUCUAUGGCUGAAAUUGAUCAGAGGCUCCAAAAUCUUUUGCUUGACAUCGAAUCUGAAAGUAGUAGGAAUACUACCUUUACUUGUCCUUCUCUUGCGUCAAGCACAGAUAUAUCGGGACACAAUACGGAUGUCUUAGAAACAAUCCCAGUUCUUGAUAAAGAGCGAAAAAGUAGCAAUGAAGAAGGUUCAACUGGUGUUAAGUAUGAGAACGAAAUAAUUGAUCUUCUGAGUCCUUCACCACCAAGAUUGAGAUUGACACUGUCUAGUAAUAAGCAGCAAGUGAAGCCAAGUCCUAAAGUUGUGAAUGUAAUAGAAUUAAGUGACUCUGAAACUGACAUGUCGCCGGAACACCAAAGGAAGGCCAGAGAGUUGAGAUUGUUCCUAGCUAGCGUCAGGGAUUGACUUUCAACGAUGUCUUGAAGCCAAUGUAAAAUUAGUUUUAAGUGUUUUUACCGGAAAAUUGUAAUGAAUGUUUAAGUUUUCACAUGAAUCUUGUCC